AAACAAAAACAAAGUUUAUCUUGAAGAGUAAAGUUUGAUUAAAAGAGUUUUAUUUUAUACAAUUUAUGUAGAAUAGUUAACUAUUGUCCUUCCUAAUAAAUUAUAUGGUGUGCUCAAGAUAGCGCAAUGAACUCGAAACUUAUAUGCCGAGUGUGUGCAAAUGUUUGCCCAGCGGGAGCAGAAUUGCAAAAGUUCGAAUCCGUUUCCGGCAUUUACUUCCGACUGACUGAUCUGCAGCCAUUGGAGGAGAUUUUACCGGACCGGACAUGCCGAGACUGCUACGACAAAUUGGUUCUAUUCGAUGGCUUUCGCACUAUGUGUUUGGAAGCGUACGAGCAACUCAGCAAGAAGGACGUUUCGGAAGCCGUCGAACUGAAUGAUAUAAAAAAUGAGAUUAAGAAAGAAGUAUCCCAUGAAACGGAAUCGAACGCGCCAAACUUUACGGAUGUGCUGGAAGUCAAAAUGGAGACGUUGGACAAUCCAAUCGAAUCGGCCGGAGAAAGUGAAUCAUCUGGCAACGACGAUGACGACGUCGACGACGAUGAUGAUGAUGAUUAUUUCGACGAACAAGAAGCGCAGCCUAAGAAAACUAGAGGCAGGAAACCUGGUCCUCAGUCAAAGGAAAAGAAGUCCAAAGACUCGAAGAACAAUAAGAUUCAUUGCGAUCAAUGCGAAAAGUUCUUCUACAAUGCGGAACGGCACCAGGCGCAUAUGCGAGUGCACCAGGGACUCAAACCGGCCACCUGCGAAAUAUGCAACAGGGAGUUUGCCAAGUUUACCUACCUGAAGGUGCACAUGGGCAUGAUGCAUUCGGAGGACAAGCAAAAGGUCAUGUGCGACGUACCGGAAUGCGGGCGGUCAUUUGCCACCCUGGCUGGCAUGGUAGCGCACAAGAACGUGAAACACCUGGGGAAAGUGGUUCCCAAACAGGAGCAUGUGUGCGAAUACUGCGGCAAGGUGUUUGCUAGUACUUCGAUGUUGAAAUUGCAUCGGGAUAAGCACCACGAGGGUAUCAGGAAGCACACGUGUACCGUUUGCGGCAAAUCGCACGACAGUCGGCACAAGCUGAAGUUCCACAUGCUGCGCCAUGAGGGAAUAAAGCAGUACACUUGUCAUAUAUGCGGGGCUAAGAAAACUACUCCCACGGAGCUGAAAAUUCAUAUAAAUCGUCACACCCGCGAAAAGAAGUAUCCGUGUGGACAGUGCGAGGCCGUGUUCCUCAGUACAGGAAACAAAAGCCGCCACGUGCGACUAGUGCAUCAGGGUAUCAAAAACUUCAAGUGUACCUACUGUGAUCGGGCCUUUGGCAAGGCGGAAACUCUUAAACAUCACGUAAUGAUUCACACUGGCGAGAAACCGCAUGAGUGCCAAUUGUGUGGCAAACGGUUUAUCCAACAGGUGGCGCUGCAAACGCAUAUGAAAACGCACAAUAAACAAUCGCGCACAGCGGCGGGCGAUUCCUAAAUAAGAUGAGUACCAAAAACUUGGGAAACGAA